CUACCCCGAAUGAAAACAAGUGAAAUCGAAAACAUAGAAAAUAAAUGUAUAGAAUCGAUGAGAAAUAACGAUCUGGAGCAGUUUCAAUACAAUUUUAACAUGGUAAAACACCAGUACAACACUACAAAGACAUCUGUUUCCACGUUUGUAAAGGCCUGUGAGCUAAUGAUCCUUUUGAGCACGGAUUUCCUUGCGUACCUGUAUUUCUUAGAGACCCUUGACUAUGAGGACAUCAACAACGAGCACAUAAUGUUUGUGCUGGGAAUCGAGCGGUUGAUGACCGAGGAGAAUGUGGCACUCAUCAACCAGCAGUUGGGAAAAUACAAGGAAUGGGAUGGGUGCAUCCGUAGUAUAAUUAAGGCGUUGGAGAGCAAGGACAGCCGGUUUAAGAUGGAGCAAAUUAAUGUUGCUGCAGAGCCUGCUGAGCACAGCCCGCUGCAAACCAUCAAGGAUUGUAUUCUGUUCAGUAAGAAUUUCAAUAAAAUUUGAGGAUGUUGUUGAA